UAACUAUAUUUUGUGCUAUAAUUUUGACAAAAUGCACAAUAAAUGUAUACUCUUUGCCCGAUAAAUGUUCAUUAAAUAGAUUAUUAGACAAUUUGUUUGAAUCUCUUACUCCCGAUGACUAUUCUGUGGCCAAUCGAUCGGAAAUUUAUCAAAAAUUUGGACACAUUAAUCAUACUAUUGUUCGGUUUAAUCGUUUUUCUGAUUUUGCCAAAAAUGUAAGCAAAAUAUAUGAACCGAUUGUCAAUAGAUUGACGGCUCGUUUCAGUGAACUAUUGAUGGAAAUUGAUUUACCAAAUGAUUGCAUGUCUUCGUUGAUAAAGUUAGGAUCGGCUGUGAAAGACAAGAAAAAAUGGGCACUAAAUUUUUUGCGGACAUUCCCAACACCUAAAUCUGGUUUAAUACAGGGAAGUACUUCACCGAUCGGUUAUGAUGAGUGCCUAAGUAUAGAAAGUACUAACGAUUUGAGUGGACAGUCUAUUAGAGGACAGUACUGUUGGGUCGGUAUUGUCAAUAUGGAAGUCAAAGGCGAUACAUAUGAACAGCUAAACAAAGAAAUAAAUUUAAUUAAAUUAAAUGAAAAAAUUCGUAAAAUGCAUGACAAUUAUGGAACCGAUGACUUCAACCGAACAAUGAGAAUGAAAGCGUUACAAAUCAGCCGAGAAAUGGUCGCCGAUUUUAUUGCAAUUAUGUCUUACGGCAAGACAUUUGACAACCAUUUACCGAUCGGUAUUUGUUUGCCCAACACAUGUAAAAUACAAGAUAUUGAAUACGCUAUAAAUAAAGUUAUAUAUCCGAUAACACAAAUGCCGGUCGUAUUCUUACCUGAAUGUGAUUCAGUGGACAAACCUAUUAAACCGGAUGUUCAUCAAUGGGUUGCAAUAAUUAUAUUUCUAGUAUUAAUACUAUUAUCAGUAAAAUCAACAUUAUAUGAGUUGUGGCGCAUAAUGUGGUCACAAAACAACAUUAAAGACAAUUUGGGCGUCCAAUUGAUGCUAUCAUUUUCAAUGAUAUCUAAUUUCAAAAGUUUAUUCAUAAACAGUAAUCCUAACAAUCGGUUUGCUUUUCUGGACGGUCUCCGAACUAUUCUUGCAUUUUGUGUUUUAUUAAUACACACCAAUUGGAUAGACUUUCUGCCAAUACAUGCAAAAAGAGCGUCCAAUUCAGUCGGAUCCCAAUUGAUUGUGUCAGUAAAAUACAUGUAUAUAACUAACUAUCAUAUAAUUGAUACGUUUUUCUUAAUUGGAGGAAUGAUGACCUCUUAUGUGAUGUUUUCUAAGUUAGACAAGUCUAAGGGUUCAUUCAAUUACAUACAAUAUGUAGUAUUCAAAUAUUUUCGUGUAGUAACACCAGUAAUGGGCGCUGUUUUGCUUUAUUUUAUAUUUCCAAUUUUAGGAAAUGGACCUAAUUGGUUAUUUAUAACGAGUGCAUUAUAUCUCCCGUGUCGUGAUAAUUGGUUUUCUGUAUUAACAAUGAUUAGCAAUUUUAAUGUGUCACCACCUGAAAAAUAUUUGUGCAAUCCUAGCGGUUGGUAUGUUUCUGCUGAGUUUCAAAUAUUUCUGAUAGCACCGGUAGCUUUUCUCGUUCAGUAUCAUUAUCCACGUAUAGCUGUUUGGUGGGGUCUAUUCAUGUCAUUAGGAUUGGGUAGUUUUUUAUUACUAGCACCAAAAUAUAUAUGGGAUAUGCCACACUUUCUUGAAUUACCAAAUUAUAUUAGUCUAUGGGAUAUGACUAGAGCUGUGAUUCAACACUACUGGAAGGCCGAUACACACAUCAGUACCUAUAUGUUGGGUAUUUUAUGCGGUUAUUUGAUCCGUAAUAAACCCAACCUAUAUUUCGGUGGCCGAAUCGGUGAAACAUUGUUAUGGCUGACAACGUGGACAUUGACUAUGGGUUCACUUUAUUGGACAAACCUAUUGUUGCAUAAAUACUAUAAGCAUUCAAAUGAAGAAAUAUUUCUAUUUAUAUUAUUUGCUAAAUAUAUGUAUACUAUUGGUUGGUUUUGGGCUUUUUAUGCCUGUGCUACUGGUCGAGCAGAUUUUAUUAACAAAACUCUCGGUUGGAAAGGAUUUACAUUUACCACAAAUUUAUCGCUUGAAAUAUCUUUGUUGCAUAUAUUUAGUAUGUUUUAUCGCGUUAGUAUUGCACGAAAUCAAGUGGUUUAUACACACUAUUAUGUGUGGACAAUGUCUUUGGCUGAUUAUAUAAUAACUUUAAUAAUUUCGAUACCGUUUUAUUUGCUAAUAAGCGCUCCGACGGCUAAUUUGUUGUCAAUUUUAAGAUUAUUAGACAAUUUGUUUGAAUCUCUUACUCCCGAUGACUAUUCUGUGGUUAAUCGAUCGCAAAUUUAUCAAAAAGUUGGACACAUUAACCAAACUAUUGAUCGGUUUAAUCGUUUGUCUGAUUUUGCCAAAAAUGUCAGCAAAAUAUAUGAACCGAUUAUCAACCGAUUGACGGCUCGUUUCAGUGAACUAUUGAUGGAAAUUGAUUUACCAAAUGAUUGCUUAUCUUCGUUGAUAAAGUUAGGAUCGGCUGUGAAAGACAGGAAAAAAUGGGCACUAAAUUUCAUACAGACAUUCCCGGCACCUAUAUCUGGUCUAAAUCAGUUAAACACACCAUCAAUUGGAUACGAUGAGUGCCUAAGCUUAGAAAGCACUCACGAUUCGAGUGGACAGCAUAUUAGGGGACAAUACUGUUGGGUCGGUAUUGUCAACAUAGAAGCCAAAGGCGAUACAUAUGAACAGCUGAACAAAGAGAUUAAUAUUAUUAAAUAUAAUGAGAAACUUAGAGAUAUUCAUCACAAGUCUACCACCGAUGACUUCAACAGAACGGUUAGAAUAAAAGCGUUUCAAAUCACCCGAGAAAUGGUCGCCGAUUUUAUUGCAAUUAUGUCUUACGGCAAGACAUUUGAUAGCCAUUUACCGAUCGGUAUUUGUUUGCCCAACACAUGUAAAAUACAAGAUAUUGAAUACGCUAUGAAUAAAGUUAUAUAUCCGAUAACACAUAUGCCGGUCGUAUUUUCACCUGAAUGUGAUUCAGUGGACAAACCUAUUAAACCGGAUUUUCAUCAAUGGGUUGCAAUUAAUCCUAACAAUCGGUUUGCUUUUCUGGACGGUCUCCGAUCGGUUCUUUCAUAUUGUGUUUUACUAAUACACUUACAUCAGAUCGACUUUAUACCUCUGAAUGCAAAAGAGGCCACCAAUUCGGUCGGUUCCGAAAUGGUCUGGUCAUCAAAAUAUAUGUUCAUAACUAAUAUUUAUCUAAUCGAUACGUUUUUUAUGAUCGGAGGAAUGAUGACAUGUUAUGUAAUGUUAUCUAAGUUAGACAAGUCUAUGGGUUCAUUCAAUUACAUAGAAUAUGUACUUUUCAGAUAUCUUCGUAUUGUUACAACUGUAAUGGGUAUGGUUUUGUUUUACUAUAUAUUUCCACUUUUAGGAAAUGGACCUAAUUGGUUACCAAUAUCCAAUGCAUUUUAUCUACCAUGUAGAGACAAUUGGUUGUCUGUAUUGACAAUGAAAAGUAAUUAUGAUGUAUCACCACCUGAAAAAUAUUUGUGCAAUCCUAGUGGUUGGUAUAUUUCGGCAGAUUUUCAAAUAUUUUUGAUAGCACCGGUAGUUUUUCUCGUUCAAUACCAUUAUCCACGUCUAGCCAUUUGGUGGAACAUUAUGUUUAUAGGAUUGGGUGCUUUCUUUCUAGUGGCAAAACGAUUUAUUUGGCACAUUCCUUAUAUUUUUGAACUUCCAUCAGUAGUUAGUAUAUGGGAUAUGACUAGACUUAUGAUUCAAUACUACUGGGGCGCUGACCAACACAUCAGUUCCUAUAUGUUGGGUAUUUUAUGUGGUUAUUUGAUCCGCAAUAAACCCAACCUAUAUCUCGGCGGCCGAAUCGGCGAAACACUAUUAUGGCUGACAACGUGGACAUUGACUAUGGGUUCACUUUAUUGGACAAACCUAUUUUUUCACAAAUAUUAUACAUUUUCAACGCAACAAUUAUUUCUAUAUAUGUUAUUUGGUAAAUAUAUGUAUUGUAUUGGUUGGUUUUGGGCAUUUUAUGCCUGUGCUACUGGUAGAGCAGAUUUUAUUAACAAAACUCUCGGUUGGAAAGGAUUUACAUUUACUGCAAAUUUAUCAUUUGAAAUGUCUUUGGUUUGUCUCUAA